GAUUUUUACGAGCAAACCGAGGAGGAAAUUGAUCGCCGGAACUUGAUGCGAUUCAGCUUGGUGGCGCCAAAGCGAGGGACACCAUCCGGAAGUUGCUCGAAGAGGAACGGAUCGAUCGCAGCGAGAAGUAACGAUGGCCGCCAGUGGGAAGGUCAAGUACGCCAAGCUGAGACUGUUUAAACCUUCCACUUCCGGUGCCAGCAAGCCGGAAGUGUCACAGGAACAUGGGGAAAGUCCAAAAGAACCUCCCGCCCCGCUACCGGAAGUGAUCGAUCUCGUCGACAGCGAACCGGAACCGGACGAGAUGUUGCUCAAGCGCACUCGGCUAGAUUCGCGUGAAAAGUCUCCCGACUCACCAAUCCUUCGGUUGCCAAAACUGCCGCGGAAACCUCCCGAAGGCGGUUCCGGAAUGAUCAGUAAAUUCUUCAAAGUCUCCGAAGAUGACUUUGAACCGGUCAAGAAAGAGUCAACUGCGCCAAAGGCGAAAACAAAAGUGCAACGAAAGGUUACAACGAGGAAGCCUCGCGCCCCCCGCAAAUCCUCCCAGGACAUCCGGAAGGCGUUCCAAAAGUAUCAGGACAAUGACGAACUGCUGCUCAACGAACUCAUGGUGGAACACUCCCGCGCGGAACAGAUGGACCCGGAACAGCUGCAGCUAGCCAUCGCCAUGUCCCGGUCACUGUCCGAGCAGCACGGCGUCGCCGAAGACAUCAGCGAUUCGCAACAACCCGAGGUCGGCAGCAGUGCCAGCGAAUCGACGCUGCAGGAACGCCGCCUCCAGGGCAUCCGAAUCACGCUGGAGCAGUACGGGUUCAAGUGCAAGGGCAACUACGCGGACCAAGAUUUGAACGCCCUGUUUGGGACGCCUCCGGGACCGAAAACCGGUCGGAGAGGAAAGACGCGACGGAAGACGAUGCUGAUCCGGCGGACUCCGGAGGACAUUGUGGCAUUCAUGGAGCGUGGCGCGGAACGACUGCUCCGGGAAGAUCUUCACGUGGUACUAAAAGACUCCGGAGUCGUCCAGCUGGACGCUCGAACAUACGGCAGUGACGUAUUCUGGAUGAACGAAAAUCCGAGCCUUGGCGAAGGCGCCAUUCCGGAAUACUUCGUCGAAGGGCUGAUGGAACCGCACCCGGCCAAGGCCGGCUGCCUGUUGAAAGAUUGGCACGCGAUUCCGGGUCGAGAACGCACCCCAGAGCGGACACGAACCGUUCCGGAAGUCGAACCUCCAGCGCCACCGGAAGUGCCCGAUCCGAACCUGUCAGAAGUACUUCAAGAUCCAGAAGAUGCCCUGCUGGAUAUGGACACCGUCCCAGACGAGUAUCGAGAAAAGUAUAAAAAUGAAGUUCCACUUCCGGUUCGCGUUGCGAACAACGACGAAUUGCGACUUUCGAUUCCGGAAACGGUCGAAAGUGAUGGUCGUUUCGCUUCCACGACACCGCUUCCAGUGUUUGCUCAACCGUCUGCGAGUUCGCCGGAGCUGUUCGAUUCGGAAGAGGGUGAAGAGGAAGGAGUGUUUCUGACCGCGCCGGAGGAAGUGGCCGCUGACGAAAAAGUUGAGCAGGUGUUGCCUUCGACGUCGGUGCCACCGCCACCGGAGGAGGAGGCUUUGUGCACCAGUUCGGACAACAUGUUUGAGGAUUUUGAUCCGGCGGACGUGUCCGAACCGAUCGUGGACUGCGACAUGUACUCCAGUGAUGAAGUGAAGAUGUCCACCUCUUCCAAACCUGCUGCCGUCGACCCUAACCCGCUCGAGUCCAUCGCCGAAGCCAUGCGAGAAGAAGACGAUGUCGCCGUGCCGCACGAUGACUUUUCCACGGUGAUCACACUGAGUUCCGGCGAUAGCAAUUCCGUCGAUCGAUUCCACCAACUAAAACGACGCUCCUCGACGGAACCGUCCAAUGUUGGUGAGCGGGGCGAGAAGGAACCGAGACUUUUUCCCGCUCCGGCCAAGGAUCUGUCGUUUCACGCGCUGGCCCUGCAGAGUCGGUUGAGCGAGAUCGAGAAAGGGGAUGUGGAGACGAUCGAGGUUGAGGUUGAGGAGGAUGAAGCUGAGGAUCAAUCGACGGGUGACGAGGACGAAGUGCUGGUCAUUUCGGACGAAGAAGUCAACUACUCGAUUCGACGGGACUAUACGUUGGGCUACAAUGCGUCUCCGGAAUUACCGCAAGAAGAUGUCCCCGGGGAAGAUCCAAACGCGACGAAGCAGUAUUUUGAUCUGGAAAGUUUCAACAAGCGUCAAUCGGACGGCGGUUCCAGCUUUCACAAAGCGGACAACACGCUCGCUUUUCUGGACGGUCUUAUUGAAAAGUUCAACCUGCCGCCGGUGCCUACAGUCAGUCGUCCCAGCUGUGAUAAUAAACUCGACGACUUUAUCGAGCACUACGAAGUUCCGGACUUUUCAGAUGAAUCCGCGUCCGAGCAGGCGGUUGAAGAAGUCGUCCCUGAGGAUCCUCCCGCCGCAACUCAACCAGUUAUCUCGUCAGACCAGCUGGACAGCGAGAUCGAAAAGAUCCUGAACCAGGCCAAGCAAACGUGCACCCAGCUCGAGCAGGAAACCCGUCAAAAGGACCCCAAAAUCCACCGUACUAAAUCCGACUCGGCCUUGCUUGCUCGGCCAGCGAAGGCACCGUUUCAGGAUCGGUUCAAGGCGGUUAUGGAGGAACCGGCGCCGACGUCGGUGCAGUGUGAAAUUCGCCUGGACAACGUCGAUCCGCGACCGGAUUACGAUGCGCUGAGUUCUCCGAUGCUGGAACGCGAGCUGUUCAAGUACGGGCUGAAGCAGCUGAGCCGGGCGAAGGCCGUCAAGAUGUUGAACCACAUCUACGAUCAGCUGAAUCCGCUGGUGGAGCUGGUUGAGGACGACGAAACAAUAGAGGAGGAAUUGCCCCGAGCGGUGAACUCAUCGUCGCAGGUCAACGAACGGGAAGAAUUGAAGAAAACAACAACGCCGCCGGUGGCGGUCAUCGGAGAAGGUCCGUUGUUGGUGGAACGGAGGGAUGCCUUUGUUCCGGAGAUUAUGGACGAUGAGCCGUACGUGCUGGCGGUGAAGCCCCGCAAGAAGACCUUUUGGUGUUCGGUCCCGCUGCACAUUGCCUUCUACAACAUGGUUAAGGCGAACUCGACCCUUCGGCAGCGGAUCCUCCGGUACGAACCGCUCGACCUGGACGCGAUCGUUGGUCACCUGAAGGAGAUUGGACUGCGGUACGAUAGCAACGAAAUGAUUGCCUUUCUGGAUAAACGGUGCAUUGCGUUCCGAUCCGCCCAAAAUAACAGCGGUUCCACUGCAGCGGCGGGACGGAAAAAGAAGACUGGUGCUAGUUGAUAAGUGUUUGUGUAAAGUGAGUUAAAUAUUAUUUAAAGUAAAUUUUUGGUCGAGCAUAACAAA